CUGAGAGAGACAGAGUGUGACAGAGACAGACGGAGAAACACACUCGUAGACUAAAGGGAAGAUAGAAAAUGAGACAUAUCCAAGAUACCUCUAGAAGUUGAGCCAACUGAAUUAUUUAGGUAAAAAACAUACAACCUUGAGAAAAAAACUGCGACAAAAAGAAAAGAGGACUAUUCUGUUGCUAAAGAUAACUGAAGAGGAGAGUCUUCGUUGCUGGUAGCAACCUUCCUGGGAGAUGAGGGUUCCAAGCAGCUGGCUGUGUCUCGGGGUGGUGGUUGGUCUCCUGCUGCAGGGAACCCGAGGGCAAUUGGAUGGGGUGUGUGGGCGUCCUCCUCUGAACAGCAGGAUAGUGGGUGGCCAGGAUGCCCCAGCAGGUAGUUGGCCAUGGCAGGCCAGUCUCCAGCGCAAUGGCGGCCAUUUCUGUGGCGGAUCCCUCAUCAGCAAACAGUGGAUCCUCUCAGCAGCACACUGCUUUGACAGUACUGAUACCAGCAUUUGGACUGUACAUCUGGGACUGGAGAACCUUGAUGGCAGCAACUCCAACAGCCAGACCUUCACAGUGAGUCAGAUCAUUCUACACCCCGACUAUACCAGUGUUUCCACUGGCAACGACAUCGCUCUGUUGCAGCUCAGCUCCUCAGUGGCCUUUACCGACUACAUCAGCCCCGUCUGCCUGGCUGCCACCGGCAGUGUCUUCAGCAACGGCACCUUGAGCUGGGUCACUGGGUUCGGAAACAUUGAUGAAGGAGUGUCGCUGCCCAGUCCUGGAACUCUGCAGGAGGUCGAUGUGUCUGUGAUAACCAACACACAGUGCAGUACUCUCUACUCCAGCAUCACAGACACCAUGAUCUGUGCUGGUGUGCUCACUGGAGGGAAGGACUCUUGCCAGGGUGAUUCUGGUGGGCCCAUGGUGAACAAGCAGGACUCUGUGUGGGUCCAGUCCGGCAUUGUGAGUUUUGGUACCGGAUGUGCUCGGCCCAACCUGCCCGGAGUGUACGCCCGCGUCUCCCAGUACCAGGACUGGAUCAACUCCCACGUUGGGUCUGACCAGCCGGGCUUCGUGCAGUUCACCUCCAGCGGGGCAGGGGAAGCUAGCACCACCACCACUACCACUCUGGUUCCUAACACGACAUCAUCCCUAACUACUAGUGAUGGCGUCCGUCCUCUCACCACAAUCACCAUGGCUUCAGCACUGACAACCAAUAGCUCAACACAUACCAUCACAGACACAGCAGCAGCACACACCAUGAGCCCAGCAGUACAGACCAGUCCAGCCUCAGCACAGACCACCUCGGACCCACUUCUUGUCUGUGGCCGUCCUCCUCUGAACAGCAGGAUAGUGGGUGGCCAGGACGCCCUAGCAGGUAGUUGGCCAUGGCAGGCCAGUCUCCAAAGUUCUGGCUUCCAUUUCUGUGGAGGAUCCCUCAUCAGCAACCAGUGGAUCCUCUCGGCAGCUCACUGCUUCUCCAGCACUUCUACUGCUGGUCUAACUGUAGUUCUGGGCCUGGAGGACCUUGAGGGCACCAACAUCAACAGUCAGACCUUCACAGUGAGACAGAUCAUCCCACAUCCAAAUUAUGACAGCUUUUCUAACAACAACGACAUUGCCCUGCUGCAGAUCAGCUCCUCAGUGGCCUUUACUGACUACAUCCUGCCCGUCUGCCUGGCUGCCACCGGGAGUGUCUUCCACAAUGGCACCCUGACUUGGAUUACUGGAUUUGGGACUAUUGCUUCAGGAGUGCCCCUGCCGAGUCCUGAGACCCUUCAGGAGGUUGAUGUGGCUGUCGUGGGCAACAGACAGUGCAACUGCCUCUACAAUGUUGAAGACAUCAGCAUCACAGACAACAUGAUCUGCGCUGGUCAGCCUACUGGAGGAAAGGACUCCUGCCAGGGUGAUUCUGGUGGGCCCAUGGUGAACAAGCAGGAGUCUGUGUGGGUCCAGUCCGGCAUCGUGAGCUUUGGGAUCGGGUGUGCUCGGGCUGCCUUCCCUGGGGUAUACGCCCGUGUCUCUGAGUACCAGAACUGGAUCAACUCCCAUGUUGGCUCCGACCAGCCGGGCUACGUGCAGUUCACCUCCAGCGGGGUAGAUGGCGAUAGCAGCUUCUCCUGUGAUGGUGAUGGACCAACUCCUCAACCCAACACCACCACAGUCAACACCACGGACCCUCAGCUUGGGAGCUGUUCCUUUCCAACUACACUCUGUUGCCCUGGUCAAAAUAACAACUGCAAGCGCAAUGGCUGCUACUGUGAUGAACACUGCCUCACAGCCAGGGACUGCUGUAGUGACUACAAACCAACGUGCUGCAGUGACUACAAUUCAACGUGCUGUAAUGACUACAAUUCAACGUGCUGUAGUGACAAUUCAACUUGUACAUCACCCACUCUGCCACCGCCUACAACUGCAGAACACAACACCACGGACCUACAGCUCGUGUGUGGCCGUCCUCCUCUGAACAGCAGGAUAGUGGGUGGCCAGGAUGCCCCAGCAGGUAGUUGGCCAUGGCAGGCCAGUCUCCAUCGCAAUGGCGGCCAUUUCUGUGGAGGAUCGCUCAUCAGCAACCAGUGGAUCCUCUCAGCAGCACACUGCUUUGACAGUACUGAUACCAGCAUUUGGACUGUACGUCUGGGCCUGGAAGACCUUCAGGGCAACAACACCAACAGCCAGACCUUCACAGUGAACCAGAUCAUUCUACAUCCCAACUACGAUGACAUCUCCUCUGACAAUGACAUCGCUCUACUGCAGCUCAGCUCUUCAGUGGCUUUUACAGACUACAUCCUGCCCGUCUGCCUGGCUGCCACCGGGAGUGUCUUCCACAAUGGCACCCUGACUUGGAUUACUGGAUUUGGGACUAUUGCUUCAGGAGUGCCCCUACCCAGUCCUGAGACCCUUCAGGAGGUUGAUGUGGCUGUCGUGGGCAACAGACAGUGCAACUGCCUCUACAAUGUUGAAGACAUCAGCAUCACAGACAACAUGAUCUGUGCUGGUCAGCCCACUGGAGGAAAGGACUCCUGCCAGGGGGAUUCAGGUGGGCCCAUGGUGAACAAGCAGGAGUCUGUGUGGGUCCAGUCCGGCAUCGUGAGCUUUGGGAUCGGGUGUGCUCGGGCUGCCUUCCCUGGGGUAUAUGCCCGUGUCUCUGAGUACCAGAACUGGAUCAACUCCCACGUUGGCUCCGACCAGCCGGGCUAUGUGCAGUUCACCUCCAGCGGGGUAGAUGGCGAUAGCAGCUUCUCCUGUGAUGGUGAUGGACCAACUCCUCAACCCAACACCACCACAGUCAACACCACGGACCCUCAGCUCGGGAGCUGUUCCUUUCCAACUACACUCUGUUGCCCUGGUCAAAAUAACAACUGCAAGCGCAAUGGCUGCUACUGUGAUGAACACUGCCUCACAGCCGGGGACUGCUGUUGGGACUACAAUUCAACUUGCUGUAGUGACAACAAUUCAACUUGUACAUCACCCACUCUGCCACCGCCUACAACUGCAGAACACAACACCACGGACCUACAGCUCGUGUGUGGCCGUCCUCCUCUGAACAGCAGGAUAGUGGGUGGCCAGGAUGCCCCAGCAGGUAGUUGGCCAUGGCAGGCCAGUCUCCAUCGCAAUGGCGACCAUUUCUGUGGAGGAUCCCUCAUCAGCAAACAGUGGAUCCUCUCAGCAGCACACUGCUUUGACAGUACUGAUACCAGCAUUUGGACUGUACGUCUGGGCCUGGAAGACCUUCAGGGCAACAACACCAACAGCCAGACCUUCACAGUGAACCAGAUCAUUCUACAUCCCAACUACGAUGACUUUGACAACGACAUCGCUCUGCUGCAGCUCAGCUCCUCAGUGGCCUUUACCGACUACAUCCUGCCCGUCUGCCUGGCUGCCACCGGGAGUGUCUUCCACAAUGGCACCCUGACCUGGAUCACUGGGUUCGGAAACAUUGAUGAAGGAGUCUCCCUGCCCAGCCCUCAGGCCCUUCAGGAGGUGGAUGUGUCUGUACUGGGCAACAGACAGUGCAGUUGUCUUUACAAUCCCGUAUUCGGACUCGGCAGCAUCACAGACAACAUGAUCUGUGCUGGACUGAUUACAGGAGGAAAGGACUCCUGCCAGGGUGAUUCAGGUGGGCCCAUGGUGAACAAGCAGGAGUCCGUGUGGGUCCAGUCCGGCAUUGUGAGCUUUGGUAGAGGAUGUGCUCGUCCCAACCUGCCCGGGGUCUACGCCCGCGUCUCCCGCUACCAGGACUGGAUCAACUCCCACGUUGGCUCCGACCAGCCGGGCUAUGUGCAGUUCAACUCCAGUGGGGUAGAUGGCGACAGCAGUGUAUCCUGCGAUGGCGUCCCUCCUUUAACCACCACCACCACAGUCUCAGCACACACCACCAACACCUCAGCAACAGAACACAACACCACCGACAUACAGCUUGUGUGUGGCCGUCCUCCUCUGAACAGCAGGAUAGUGGGUGGCCAGGAUGCCCCAGCAGGUAGUUGGCCAUGGCAGGCCAGUCUCCAAAGUUCUGGCUUCCAUUUCUGUGGAGGAUCCCUCAUCAGCAACCAGUGGAUCCUCUCGGCAGCUCACUGCUUCUCCAGCACUUCUACCGCUGGUCUGACUGUAGUUCUGGGCCUGGAGGACCUUGAGGGCACCAACAUCAACAGUCAGACCUUCACAGUGAGACAGAUCAUCCCACAUCCGAAUUAUGACAGCUUUUCUAACAACAACGACAUUGCCCUGCUGAAGAUCAGCUCCUCAGUGGCCUUUACUGACUACAUCCUGCCCAUCUGCCUGGCUGCCACCGGGAGUGUCUUCCACAAUGGCACCCUGACUUGGAUUACUGGAUUUGGGACUAUUGCUUCAGGAGUGCCCCUACCCAGUCCUGAGACCCUUCAGGAAGUUGAUGUGGCUGUCGUGGGUAACAGACAGUGCAACUGCCUCUACAAUGUUGAAGACAUCAGCAUCACAGACAACAUGAUCUGUGCUGGUCAGCCCACUGGAGGAAAGGACUCCUGCCAGGGGGAUUCAGGUGGGCCCAUGGUGAACAAGCAGGAUUUUGUGUGGGUCCAGUCCGGCAUCGUGAGCUUUGGGAUCGGGUGUGCUCGGGCUGCCUUCCCUGGGGUAUACGCCCGUGUCUCUGAGUACCAGAACUGGAUCAACUCCCACGUUGGCUCCGACCAGCCGGGCUACGUGCAGUUCACCUCCAGCGGGGUAGAUGGCGAUAGCAGCUUCUCCUGUGAUGGUGAUGGACCAACUCCUCAACCCAACACCACCACAGUCAACACCACGGACCCUCAGCUCGGGAGCUGUUCCUUUCCAACUACACUCUGUUGCCCUGGUCAAAAUAACAACUGCAAGCGCAAUGGCUGCUACUGUGAUGAACACUGCCUCACAGCCAGGGACUGCUGUUGGGACUACAAUUCAACUUGCUGUAGUGACAACAAUUCAACUUGUACAUCACCCACUCUGCCACCGCCUACAACUGCAGAACACAACACCACGGACCUACAGCUCGUGUGUGGCCGUCCUCCUCUGAACAGCAGGAUAGUGGGUGGCCAGGACGCCCCAGCAGGUAGUUGGCCAUGGCAGGCCAGUCUCCAUCGCAAUGGCGGCCAUUUCUGUGGCGGAUCCCUCAUCAGCAAACAGUGGAUCCUCUCAGCAGCACACUGCUUUGACAGUACUGAUACCAGCAUUUGGACUGUACGUCUGGGCCUGGAGGACCUUCAGGGCAACAACACCAACAGCCAGACCUUCACAGUGAACCAGAUCAUUCUACAUCCGAACUACAACGACAUCUCCGCUGACAAUGACAUCGCUCUGCUGCAGCUCAGCUCCUCAGUGGAUUUUACCGACUACAUCCUGCCCAUCUGCCUGGCUGCCUCCGGGAGUGUCUUCCAUAAUGGCACCCUGACCUGGAUCACUGGGUUCGGAAACAUUGAUGAAGGAGUCUCCCUGCCCAGCCCUCAGGCCCUUCAGGAGGUGGAUGUGUCUGUACUGGGCAACAGACAGUGCAGUUGUCUUUACAAUCCCGUAUUCGGACUCGGCAGCAUCACAGACAACAUGAUCUGUGCUGGACUGAUUACUGGAGGAAAGGACUCCUGCCAGGGUGACUCAGGUGGGCCCAUGGUGAACAAGCAGGAGUCCGUGUGGGUACAGUCCGGCAUUGUGAGCUUUGGUAGAGGAUGUGCUCGUCCCAACCUGCCCGGGGUCUACGCCCGCGUCUCCCGCUACCAGGACUGGAUCAACUCCCACGUUGGCUCCGACCAGCCGGGCUAUGUGCAGUUCAACUCCAGUGGGGUAGAUGACGACAGCAGUGUAUCCUGCGAUGGCGUCCCUCCUUUAACCACCACCACCACAGUCUCAGCACACACCACCAACACCUCAGCAACAGAACACAACACCACCGACAUACAGCUUGUGUGUGGCCGUCCUCCUCUGAACAGCAGGAUAGUGGGUGGCCAGGACGCCCCAGCAGGUAGUUGGCCAUGGCAGGCCAGUCUCCAAAGCUUCAACUUCCAUUUCUGUGGAGGAUCGCUCAUCAGCAACCAGUGGAUCCUCUCAGCAGCACACUGCUUCUCCAGCACUGACACCACUGGUCUGACUGUACGUCUGGGACUGGAGAACCUUGAUGGCAGCAACUCCAACAGCCAGACCUUCACAGUGAGCCAGAUCAUCCCACACCCCGACUAUAUCAGUGUUUCUACUGGCAACGACAUUGCUCUGUUGCAGCUCAGCUCCUCAGUGGUCUUUACCGACUAUAUUCAGCCCGUUUGUCUGGCUGCUACUGGGAGUGACUUCAGCAACGGCACUCUAAGCUGGGUCACUGGCUUUGGAAAUACUGAUGAAGGAGUGUCGCUGCCCAGUCCCGGAACUCUGCAGGAGGUCGAUGUGUCUGUGAUAACCAACACACAGUGCAGUACUCUCUACUCCAGCAUCACAGACACCAUGAUCUGUGCUGGUGUGCUCACUGGAGGAAAGGACUCCUGCCAGGGUGAUUCUGGUGGGCCCAUGGUGAACAAACAGGACUCUGUGUGGGUCCAGUCCGGCAUUGUGAGUUUUGGUGAUGGAUGUGCUCGGCCCAACCUGCCCGGAGUGUACGCCCGCGUCUCCCAGUACCAGGACUGGAUCAACUCCCACGUUGGUUCUGACCAGCCGGGCUUCGUGCAGUUCACCUCCAGUGGGGCAGGGGAAGCUAGCACCACCACCACUACCACUCUGGUUCCUAAGACAACAUCAUCCCUAACUACUAGCGAUGGCGUCCGUCCUCUCACCACAACCACCAUGGCUUCAGCACUGACAACCAAUAGCUCAACACAUACCAUCACAGACACAGCAGCAGCACACACCAUGAGCCCAGCAGUACAGACCAGUCCAGCCUCAGCACAGACCACCUCGGACCCACUUCUUGUGUGUGGCCGUCCUCCUCUGAACAGCAGGAUAGUGGGUGGCCAGGAUGCCCCAGCAGGUAGUUGGCCAUGGCAGGCCAGUCUCCAUCGCAAUGGCUUCCAUUUCUGUGGAGGAUCCCUCAUCAGCAACCAGUGGAUCCUCUCAGCAGCACACUGCUUUGACAGUACUGAUACCAGCAUUUGGACUGUACGUCUGGGACUGGAAGACCUUCAGGGCAACAACACCAACAGCCAGACCUUCACAGUGAGACAGAUCAUUCUACAUCCCAACUACAACGACAUUUCCUUUGACAACGACAUCGCUCUGCUGCAGCUCAGCUCCUCAGUGUCCUUUACAGACUACAUCCUGCCCGUCUGCCUGGCUGCCACCGGGAGUGGCUUCCACAACGGCACUAUGAGCUGGAUCACUGGAUUUGGAGACAUCGGCUCAGGAGUCUCCCUGCCCAGUCCUGGGAUCCUUCAAGAGGUGGAUGUGUCUGUAUUGGGCAACAGACAGUGUAACUGCCUCUACAAUGUCCGUAACAUCAGCAUCACAGACAACAUGAUCUGCGCUGGACUGCUUACUGGAGGCAAAGACUCGUGCCAGGCUGAUUCAGGUGGGCCCAUGGUGAACAAGCAGGACUCUGUGUGGGUCCAGUCCGGCAUCGUGAGCUUUGGGAUCGGGUGUGCUCUGGCUGGCUUCCCCGGGGUCUACGCCCGCGUCUCCCAGUACCAGGACUGGAUCAAUUCACAUGUUGGCUCCGACCAGCCGGGCUUCGUGCAGUUCACCUCCAGCGGGGUAGAUGGCGACAACAGCUUCUCCUGUGAUGAGCAUCCUGCUGUAACAACCACUACAGCCUCAGCACAGACCAGCUCAGACCUCUCAGCUGUCACAGACGCCAUACAAACCAACACAAUGUCUAUAGAUUCAACUGCCUUCCCUUCGUCAUUUUCCACACCUUUGCCAUACUCAACACAUGACACAUCAGAUUCAACUGCCUAUUCUUCAGAUUCAACCAUCUAUCCGUCAGAUUCAACUACCUAUCCUUCAGAUUCAACCGCCUACCCUUCAGUUUCCACUGCCUACCCAUCUACACCCUUUUCCACACCUCUUCCACACUCAACACCUUAUCCGUCAGAUUCAACUGCACAUUCUUCACAUUCAACACUUGAUACAUCAGACGCACAUUCAACUGCCUACCUGUCUAGUCCUACGUCAAUUUCCACAGAUACACCCCUACCAUAUUCACUAUCAGAUACACCAGGUUCAGCCACAUACCCUUCAGAUCUCUCCUCCUCCUACCCACCUACUACUCCUUCAUUUUCCACACCCCUGCCACACUCAACACCCGACACAGCACACUCAACACGCUCAACACCUGAUGCACCAACUGCAACACCUGGCAUCGUGAUGGCUUCUACAGCAGGUUCCUCAGCAGCUUCUACAGUAGGUUUGUCGGUGUCUACGUCUACUCCAGACCCAUGGCUUGUCUCUACAGCAGUGCAAACUACUACGCCUUCUCCGUCAGCUUCUCCAUCUACAGCACCAAGUUCAACACCUGGCAUGUCAGCGUCUACACCACACAGACCAGGUUUCACCGCAUACCCAUCAACCCUGGUCUCAUCUCCACCGUCACCCCCCACACCAUCUGUUAGUUCAGCCCCUGCCCCACCAUCGCCUGUCUCUGCAGCAGUGCAAACUACGUCUACUACGUCAGCUUCUUCAUCUUCAUCAUCAGCUCUACCACAGCCUACUACUGCUGCUGCAUGUUCAUCCACAUUCACGGCCCCAACUGGUUUAAUCUCAGCCACAACACCAACACCAUCUUCAGCUUCUACUUCAGGCUCAAAAACGACAGUGCCACCGAUAACACCUGUAUCAAGUUCACCCACAUCAACAGCCUCAGCUUCAACCCUGCCCCAACAUUCAACUAUAGCAUCAGUCCUGCCCCAGCAUUCAACUACUACAGCAUCAGCAGCCACCACCCAAUCACCUGUGGCAACAACAGCCACUAGCCAAUCAACUGUGACGACAGCAGCCACCACCCAAUUACCUUCAUCCACUGCUAGCUUGACGCUGACUCUGGACCGAGAGUUUAGCAAUGACCUGGCCGACCAAACAUCCACCGCAUAUCGGGAGCUGGAGCAGCUCAUCAAGACACAGAUGGAGCCUGGUCUUCGAGCAGCCUAUCCCACAUUUACCGGUUUAACUGUCAAAAGCUUCAGGUCUGGCUCUGUCAUAGCUGACACCACUGUAGGCUUCAGCUCCUCAUCAGCCCCCAGCUCAGACAGCAUCACCACUACUCUCAACUCCUCUAUUGCUAACGGCGACAUAAACCUCAACAUCACCUCUUUCCAGGUCACUGCAGCUACCACAACGACCACUGGCGCUGCCUUGACAGCCAUCAGUACCACAACCACAGGAACUAACCCAACAACCGUUGCUAUGACAACGCAAGGAGCUAACCCAACAACCGUUGCUACAACAACCACCCAAGGAGCUAACCAGAACACCAGCGCUACCACAACCACCCAAGGAGCUAACCAGAACACCAGCGCUACAACAACCACCCAAGGAGCUAACCAGAACACCAGCGCUACCACAACCACCACUGUGGCUACCCCCACAAUCAAUGCUGCCCACAACACCACAGAAGCUAACCCAACAACCAUCGCUACAACAACCACCACCACUGUGGCUGCCACAGCACAACCUCCAACCACCACCGCAUCUACCACCACCACGUCUUCCACCACUACAACAACCUCAACUACCACAACACCAUCUGCGACUACGAUAACAGACCCUCCGACUACCACAUCUACCACCACCAGUACUACUACUCCAACCACUACAACUACCACUACCACCACCACCACCACCACCACCACUACAGCACCAACCACCACCACAACCACCACCACUACGGCUCCAACCACCACGACUACCACCACCACCACCACCACCACCACCGCCGCCCCCACCACCACGCAGGUCCCCAAGCCGACGGUUGCUAUGCAGGUUGACAUUUCCAUCGUCUUCACCGAGGAGCUUACCAACCCCGAGAGUCCAGAGUUCAAGAAGCAGGCUGAGGAGGUUGCAGCAGUGUUUGACAACAUCUACAAGGAGAAAUAUGGAGAACGUUUUGAGAGGACAAUUGUCAAAGGCUUCAGGCAGAAAAGGGCGGGCAGGAGGAUUCGCUCAGCUAGUAGGAUGGAGAGUGUGGAGACAGAUGUGGAACUGGUCUUCAACGAAGAGUCCACUGAGCCUCUUCCUGAGAGUACCGACAUAGCAGAGACCCUGGUGGAGGCUGUAAGCAACCCCACCUCCAACUUCACCCUGAAUGUAGAUGCCAGCUCUGUCACUGUCACAAGCGCUCCCAGGUCCACCCCUAACGUCCAGUUCAAAACCAACGAGACGUUUACUACCGACCUGUCCAACUCCAGCUCUACGGCAUUUAAAAACAGAGCUAUUCUCAUAAAACAAGAGCUUGAGCCAUUCUUCAUUCAGGAUUUCUCAGGAUUGUUCAUAAGUCUGACUGCCAGAAAUUUCAGCCAAGGCUCGAUCAUUCAUAAUACGGAUCUGACAUUCACGGCUGACGGCACUCUUCCCAACACCACGGUGAUAUACAACACCAUGCUGAAAGCUGCCCAAAGUGGAAACCUCACUUUCACCAUCACCUCACUCAAUGGCAUUGCUGUUUCCUCUGGCAUGGCCUGCAGUAUCAACAGUGUCGUCACCUGGACUCUGGUGGGCGGGGCUCUCCUGCUACAGGGGCAGUGGGUGGCUCUGUGAAAUGCCACUCCACAAACCGUCCAAUGACGUGACGACUUACUCAGUGUGUGUGUGUGUGUGCGCAUGUGCUUGAGUUCAACAUUCGUGGAUCAACUCAAAUGAUUAAUUGUUACUAGACAUUGCAUAUUCCAUAUUUAUGUACUUUACUCGUGAUCUUUCUGAUUCAUGAUUUUAAAUGUGAAACUCAAUACAAAUAAUUGAAACACCAUUUGCCAAUCCGUUCGAUGAUGUGAGGACUCACUCACAGAGGACAGAGAAAUGUCCAAAUGAAGAUAUACUUUUAAAUGACACAUGCAUUAUUCUGUCAGAAGCACUUUACUCAAAAAUGAAGACAAUUCAAGGCGAUUUCAUAGCGAGUUGUGAGAUUUUGGGUGUAAGAAUUUGGAAACAGUGUGAUAUCAAAGUGUGUUAAUGUACAAACAAAAGAAGCUCUAGAUUCUAGAGAAGCUCUAGAUUCUUACAAAGCACCAUGUACGUAGAAUUGCUAGAGGGAGAGAUGCUGAGUGUUCUCUAAGUAAACUCCAAUAUGACGGUGCUCUUGAAAUUAAAAGAGAAAGUCCAUUCCCCAAAACUUGGUGGCUGUUGGGCCUACUUCAGGCAACUCUUGCAUAGAGACAUGGAGUCUCCUAAGAACAUGAGCUUCCAUCGUAAUUAUUUUGACUUGAAUUGAGUACAGUAUGUGCUAUGAAAUGUAUUAUGUACAGUAUACCUGUUGAUUAUGUUAGUUUUUUUGUAUUGCAAUUAAACCAUUAAAAUA